CCAUGCAAAGGCUACCCACCAUAUUCUGCACUGUAACUUGAUGUAAUUUAAAAACGUGAAUAUUUCUGUAUGACCGUUAGGAAACUCCGCUGCUAUAUAUUUUGCGCUGGUGCUGUCAUACCGGAACAGCGUAAAUGGUACUUUCACAGAACCAAGAAAGAUGGGCACAGUGUCUACUGUUCAACAAUUUUGACGUUAUGAUCUCAGCUUCUCAAGUAUCCACGACAGCAUUGCAUCUAAAAAUAUACCAUGUCGGCGACGGCCGGGCAGCAGCUAUUCUACAUUUUUCUCCUUUGCAUCCAUUGAGUUUUCUGCCGCUCUCGGCCGUAAAUGCACGCACGACAGCGAAUGACUUUUUUGCUCGUUCCGACUCAAUCCUCGCGACGUGCGUCUCCACUGUGUGAGGCCGUACUUAGCACAGCAGCAUCUAUCUGACGGAGUACUUCAGCGACAUGACAAAAUGAUUUGCUUAUCUAAACCAUUUCUCGCCAUGUAACCCCGUACAGUGCGUGUGCGUAAAUUCCCCCUACCUCACUGCGCACGUCCACAUCACAUGGGCAUGACCUUGCUGUGUACGUGUUAGGCCGAGAGAUCUAGUGCCUGUUUAAUUAGAUGUCCGUGAUGUUCGUUGCUCUUGGUCACUUUUAGUAGACCUGGAUUGGAAACACUAGUGCAGACCUCAUCAAAAAAUUCUUCCACCAUGAGCAAGAAGAUCGAUGAAACCGAAUCGGAUAAUGAAGAACAUCAAAGUUUUGAGGCACGAAGUAUUACCAUCAAAACGGACAAGAAGAUGGCGCAGUUUUACGAAAUUAUGGAAGAAUUAGGACGAGGGAAAUUUGGAACAGUAUGUAAAUGCCGCGAGAAGGCAACAUCUCGCAUUCUGGCAGCGAAAACGAUUUCCGUCAAACGGCCACAGGAACGAAAGGAGGUCGAAAAUGAAAUUGAGAUUAUGCGCAGUCUACAGCAUCCGCGCCUGCUGCAGUUGUACGAUGCUUUCGACGAUGGCGGCACGAUGGUGCUGGUGAUGGAACUCAUAUCAGGUGGUGAAUUAUUUGAGCGGGUGAUUGACGAUGAGUUUAUCCUGACGGAGAAAGUGUGCACAAUCUUCAUGCGACAGAUUUGCGAAGGCGUGUCGUUCAUGCACGACAAAAGUGUCAUCCACUUGGAUAUGAAGCCGGAGAAUAUCCUCUGCGUAACGCAAAAUGGUAACCGGAUCAAGCUGAUUGAUUUCGGUCUGGCCCGCAAGUACGAUCCCAAGACCAACGUAAAGGUCAUGUUCGGGACACCGGAGUUUGUCGCACCGGAAGUCGUCAAUUUCGAACCAAUAUCCUUUGCCACCGAUAUGUGGAGCGUUGGCGUUAUAUGUUACAUUCUGCUUUCCGGUCUUUCACCAUUUAUGGGCGACAACGAUGCCGAAACGUUAAGCAAUGUUACGCAAGCAGAAUGGGAUUUUGAAGACGAAAGUUUUGAUCAUAUUUCCGCCGACGCCAAAGAUUUUAUAACGAAACUUUUGGUUAAAGACCCAGCAAAACGGAUGACCGCCAAGCAAUGUCUCGAACAUAAAUGGUUGAGAAGAGAUAAACCUGCGAAGACCGAUGAGAAGGCUCUUUCCAAAGUGAAACUUAAACAUUUCGUCAUACGUCGACGAUGGCAGAAAGCGGUUAAUGCCAUUCUGGCCCUUCAUCGGAUGGGAGCGACGGUAUAGACACUUUCACUGACAUUUGGGCAUUUGUCUCUGCAGUUUGUUGUGCAGUAAGGUUCUGUUAUAAACCAGCAUUAAGAAAAAAAAUUUUUAAAAGAAGUGUAAAUUCAAUCAUGUAGAGUAUAAAUUUUCCAUUCCGUGCGUGUGUGCAUUGUAAAUAACGUUGUCUUUUGCAUUGUGUUUGAUUGUGAGAAAUCGGCAUCGUCUUUUACCGCGUUCAGAUACAUACAGUACAUACGUGUAAUACGAUAGAAUAGUACGAUGCAAUUGUGUGCCUAUUUUUCGUCCGUGGUGACAAGAGCUAUUAAAUUUUUAAGUUUAA